GAAAUUAUCAAACUGUUUUCCUUUUAUAUAGAACAGCAUAUUAUUCGAGUUUCGUCUGAGUUGGAAGCCUUACGAAACGCACUAUCGAGAUACUAUCAGUUAUUAUUAAUUCAAAAACAACGCACCGUAACAAAUAUAGAUUAUAGACGAGUAACUAAAGCAGAUAUUUUGCAACAUUCCGCGCUGCAUAUCCUUGGCAAACGGAAUAAUACUUUAUAUCGUAACGGAUUUAUGAUUUCCCUGCUUCGCUGGACUUUCUACUAAAGACCCUGAACGUUAUCCUAAAUAAUUACUUCAGAAACGAACCAACGCUCGAAGUUGAAACGUCUUAAAUAGAAACGAUGGAUUUCUUUCGGGGAUUCUCGGUGCUCCAGCCACCGUUGAUAUUCAGACCAGAAGUGACUUUUCUGCUCCUUCUAAGAAUACUCAUCAACGUGCACAGGCCCGACAUCGUCGACAUUGAGAACAGAGUGAAACCAAUACGUCCAGUGUAUAUUCAUAGCAAUUAUGAUUUUGUUAUAAUCGGGGGUGGUGCGGCUGGUUCGGUGCUCGCCAAUCGUUUGUCGGAGAAUGGUACGUGGACGGUGCUCGUUUUGGAGGCUGGUCCAGACGAACCACUAGAAACUGAUGUGCCCACCAUGUAUUCGAUUCUACAGUUAUCAUCGGUGGAUUGGCAAUUUAAAACGGAACCUACGAACGACUACUGCCUGGCUUCGCCUAAUCAACAAUGCGAGUGGCCACGAGGAAAGGCCCUAGGGGGGAGUACAGUGAUGAAUGGAUUAAUUUAUAUACGCGGAAACAAGGAGGAUUACAACCACUGGGAGAGAUUGGGCAAUCCAGGAUGGGGUUACAAUGACGUGUUACCCUAUUUCAAGAAAUCGGAAGAUAUGAGGAUCCCGGAAUUGCAAAAUUCCCCGUACCACCACACCGGUGGAUACCUAAGCGUGGAAUACUUCAAGUAUCGUUCACCUAUAACCGACUACUUGGUGCAAGCAGGCGUCGACUUGGGUUACAAUGUCGUGGAUCCGAACGGACCAUCUCAAACCGGAUUCGUGUAUUCGCAGGCCACGAUGAGGAACGGUCUGCGUUGCAGCGCUGCAAAGGCUUUCCUUCGAUCGGCUUCAAAAAGGCCAAAUCUCCACGUUAGCAUUUAUUCAUACGUGGAGAAGAUUUUAAUGCACACAGAGGGAGAUGUGAAGACUGCCUACGGAGUGCAAUUCCUCGUAGGUGGACAACGGAUUGAAGUGAGAGCCAAUCGCGAGGUUAUUCUAUCCGCUGGCGCGUUGCAAUCGCCCCAAUUGUUGAUGCUGUCUGGAAUCGGUCCUAAGGAUCAUCUGACAGAGAUGGGGAUCCCCGUGGUGCACAAUUUGCCAGGCGUGGGUCAGAAUCUUCAAGAUCACGCGGGGGCGGCCGGUAUAACUUUCGUAGUGGAUCCACCGGCGAAUUACAGGGGCUCAGAACCGUUCACGUUCGACGUAUCGAAGACUGUUACACCGCGUACGAUCACGGAAUUCGCCACGAAUCGUACUGGACCUCUGUACUCUUUGUCGUUAACCGGAUCUAUGGCUUUCGUCAACACAAAAUACGCUAACGCGUCGGCGGAUUAUCCUGAUAUACAGUUCUUAAUGAGCUCUACAGCCGACCAUUGGGACCGUACUCCCAUCAUAAACACGCAAGUAUACACGAUCGUCCCGCUUCUUUUGAGGCCUCUAAGCAGAGGAUACGUCAAGCUGCGUUCGCCAUAUCACAUCCAUCCGGUCAUCGUCGCCAAUUACUUCAAGGAACCAUACGAUCUCGAAGUCCUGAUAGAAGGGGCCAAGAUCGCUAACCAAAUGGUGCAGACACCAACGAUGAAGAAAUUGAACGCUCGUCUGCUGUGCGAUCCAAGAUGCUCGCGGUACGCGUGUGAAUCGGAUGAUUAUUGGCGAUGUAUCGCUCGGCAGUAUACAAUGACGAUUUAUCAUCCAUCAGGGACGUGCAAAAUGGGACCAGCUAACGACCCCAUGGCUGUGGUCGAUCCCAAACUGAGGGUUUACGGAAUCAAUAAGCUACGAGUGAUCGACACUUCGAUCAUGCCGACAGUCGUUUCUGGCAACACGAAUGCACCGACGAUCAUGAUCGCCGAAAAGGCUGCUGACAUCAUUCAGGAAGAUUGGAGAAUAAAUAGUUAGGGUUUUGCUGUUUUCUGAAAUCGUGCAAACAUGUUACGUGUUAUUAACUGCAAUAACAAAGACAGUAACGAUAAUGAAGAUAAGAACGAUGGUAAUAAGGGAGUCACCGUCAACAUUUAUACAGAGAAAAACAACGAUUAUUGAAGUGUCAAAAUUGUUUAAAUGUCGUGGGAAUAGUAAUGUUAACGAUUUAUUUUUAUUUAGACUAUUGGAGGCAUUGGAAAUCCAGGGUUUUAUUAUAAUAAGGCAAUGUUAUGCAAAAUUUAUGAGCUUUGCGCGAUAAAUACCGAUUGUCUAACGAUAUAUAAAUUUUCCGUAUAUUAAAAACGUAUUAAACUUUAAUGCUUUGCAAUCGGUUACGUACGCUCGGAUAAAUGCACGCUAGUUUUAAGGACGAAAUGUUAAUGCAAGCGAAUUCUCAUGACGUUUUGUAUAAAAAUGAAAUAUUAUAGGUUUACGCGCACCUCUUUCCCGAGUAUACAUGAUAUUGAAAAUGCAAAUACGCAUAAUAUGAUGAGUUGUUAUGAGACGUUUUAUUAACGCAAUUAAUCUUCUAUAAUUUGCACGUAUGAACUGGCGGUAUUCUUCUUAUCGGGCAAUCUGUGUUGUUGCAAUUGACUUGUACUGGUACGAAAUACGACGAUUGAAAUAAUUUAAAGAUAUAAAAAAAAAUAAAGAUGGUUCUGUCGUAGAGGUGAAUAUGAAACUCGAAUAACAAUUAUCGAACUGUCCAUUAGAACCAAUAAUUUUUAAUGAACGUCUCACAAAAGGAUAAAUAAAAACUAUUUUAUUUAAUAUACAAACAUAUGAAUUUAGUCGUAAUAAAACUUAUGUAUACAAUUUUAUUUUCUAAUCGAAUAAAA